AUCGGAGGCCUGGUUCCAACAUGGCGGCCUCCAUGGGUCGCUGGCUUCUCUUCCUCCUUGCGCUGCUUGGCUUCCUCCGGGAGGCGACCAGCGGCCUCGACUCGGGGGCCUCCCGCGACGACGAUUUGCUGCUGCCAUACUCCCGCGCGCGCGCGCGCUCUGCCCGGGACUGCUCAAGGGUGCGCGCCGGCAGCCGCGAGCACGAGAGCUGGCCACCUACCACGGCGACCCCCGGCACCCGCGGCCCGGCGGUGCGCACCUUCGUUUCGCACUUCGCGGACCGCGCGGUGCCUGGCCAUCUGACGCGUGUGGCAGAGCCCCUGCGGACCUUCUCGGUCCUGGAGCCCGGUGGGUCCGGCGGCUGCGCUUCGAGGCGCCGCGCCACCGUGGAGGAUACGGCGCGGGGGGCCGGCUGCAGGGUUGCCCAGAACGGCGGCUUCUUCCGCAUGGACACGGGCCAGUGCCUGGGGAACGUGGUGAGCGACGGGCGCCGGGUGAGCAGCGCCGGGGGGCUGCAGAACGCGCAGUUCGGGAUCCGCCGCGACGGGACCCUGGUCACCGGGUACCUGUCUGAAGAGGAGGUGCUGGACACUGAAAAUCCAUUUGUGCAGCUGCUGAGUGGGGUCGUGUGGCUCAUACGCAAUGGAAGUGUGUACAUCAAUGAAAGCCAGGCGGCUGAGUGUGAUGAGACACAGGAAACAGGUUCCUUUAGCAAAUUUGUGAACGUGAUGUCAGCAAGGACAGCUGUGGGACAUGACCGGAAAGGGCAGCUGGUGCUCUUCCACGUAGACGGGCAGACGGAACAGCGGGGGUGA